AUGCCGGCGCAGUCUCGUUCAGACCCAUCGUUGCCAUCAAGUCGUCAUAAUAUGAACGAGCCCAAUUACUUCAAUGUUCCCUAUGGAACGCCAGCAUCUCCUUCCUUCGCCGCCGCGGCUUUUACGGCAUCCAAACCAAAAUAUGAAAACCUAAUGAAACACCAUCCGAGCCUUCCUUCAAUGCCGGAGAACAUGUUCUCGGCUCCUCUACCCUCGAAUAGUACUACGCCUCGACCAACAUAUCGGCAAUCGUUAUCCUCUUCUAGUUUCGGCGUUGAUCCUCCACGGCCUCCUCGCGACGGGUUCGAUUUCUUCAAGUGGAGGAACCGCUCGACAAAGUCUGCCAGUGAAUCAGACGUUCGAGACCUUUCAUUCGCAUCUCCUUUAACAUCCCUUUCAGCGCCACUUACCUUCCAGAAUUUCGAACCAACACAGCCAAGACCACCUUCCAGUCCCUUUGUGUCGGAAUCGGCGCACGUUCUCUCUUUGCAGCAUCCUGCCGUCACGCGCUUCUCAGAUCAGUUUCCAGAUUCCAGAGAUAUCUCCACCAGCAUGAACAAUAACAGCACAGACUCGAUCUCGCCGAUGAACAAUUCUGGCAUAAACGGACAGACGAGUACUCCUCCCUCUUCGCCCCCGAGCUCCAUGGGCUUUUAUGUCAAAGCAAAGAAGAGUCUCGAAUCAAAGCUGAAAUUGAAGGCUCGUAGAGAGGAACCAAUGUGUUCAGCUAUCCCACAACAUGUCCAUCAAUGUGCAACAAUGGAUGGCACAGGGAAUUACUCCAGCGUGCUCCAAAUCACUAAAACAGGUUCCUGGCUCAAAGACGACGUAGGGAAACCCAAGCUCCGAAGAAGACUCUUUGGCAGGGCACCGUGGGCCCGAAAAGAAUCAGCAGAUUCUUUUAGCAGCGUAUCAAGCUCUAUGAGGGAGAUACUCAAAGGUGAGACUCCUCCUCCCUCAGCAGUCUCAAGUUAUACUUCUUUACAUGUGAACUGCGUUAAUGGCCAGUUUCCUGGAGGGGAGGCAAGACGAAUAAAGACACCACCUCUGGCCGAAGACACUACGAGCGGCCGACCACGUUCAUUCUUCACUGAGACGGUUCCUCCCACAGAAGCCGAUCAAAUGGAGCCUCCAUCCAGAAGGAACUCUCUCCAAACGGUUCGUCGCCAGAGCAUUGUCGCUGACACAUACGAGUGGUGGGAAAAGAUGCCCAAGAAACCUGUUCACAGGAGUCCUUUUCAAGAACGAAUUCCUUUUGAAUUUCAGCUACCAGAACAUCUACCCAGCAGCCCAAUGUGCCCAACCAACGAGAAACACGUCAGUGGUGGAGCUGGCAUCUGUGUCUACCAUGGACGCAGGAAGGUUGCGUCGAGAUUAUUGCCAGUGUGA